GCGGACUGAUCCACCAACACCACCUAUGUUUGUCUGCACGUCUCCCAUCUUAGUGUCCACUCCUUCAUUUUCAUCUGCGCCUUUCAGUCGUCGUCUGCAAACAACAACUACAUACAUCCACACAUCAUCAAGAAUGCGUGAAGUCUUCUCACACAUAUACAUGAUUUACUGAUCAUAUUUCGUGCGCACUUGGAAGGGGCUCCGUGCUGUGUUCACGGGAGCAGAAAGCAGAAGAUGAGCCUUUUCUCUGGGCUGGAGGAGGCUGUGCUGCUGCUGCUGUGUGGGGGAGUGGGUUACAUCCUGUGGCGUUUCCUGUGUUUGUAAACUAGACGCUGUGGAAAACGUCGGUUUUAAUGCUAGAUGAGUGAGGUGGGUGUGGCUUCCCACCAGCCCGACCAUCCUGACUGACGGAUCUCUGGAUGACCUUGUCCCCACCCCUGUCCCUGCGCUCACAUACACCACAGCAAUGUCACAUCUGCCCAGCAGCUCAGUCCGCGACCAUAUGAAAUGGGCGGGGCUGCUCGGCUGCGAAGCUGUCCUCUCCAGCAUGGCCCUGAUGCAGGCCAGCUCCAUGGCCGCUCCACCCAAAAAAAUGAUGGCCCCACUUGGUCAUGCACCACCACAGAGAGACGGACCUGACCGUGGUCCUCAGAGUCACAUGAUCCUCCCAUCUGGAAUGAGCUGUCCACCCCUGCUCAUCCGGAAGGAAGGUGAAUACCAAGCUCCCCGUCUGCUGGACGAGAAGGAGAUGAGGGCCAAUGAGGACAUGCAGCAGAAAAAAAAGAACAGGAAAUCAGUAACGCCCUGUAAAGUGAGAGAACAAGAGGGAAGGGGAGGGAAGGGCACAGGUGGAGAUGAGAACGGUCCAUCAUCCAAAGUGCAGAAAAACUUUAUUUGUGAUCACUGUUAUGGAGCAUUUAGGAGUGGCUACCACCUGAAGAGACAUAUCCUCAUUCAUACAGGGGAGAAGCCGUAUGCUUGUGCCGUAUGUGACAUGAGGUUUAUUCAGCGUUACCACCUGGAGAGACACAGCCUCAUUCACACGGGAGUGAAGCCAUACGCUUGUUCCAUGUGUGACAUGAGGUUUUUCCAGCGUUACCACCUGGAGAGACACAGACUCACUCAUACGGGGGUGAAGCCGUACGCUUGCUCCAUGUGUGACAUGAGGUUCUUCCAACGUUACCAUCUGGCAAGACACAGCCUCACUCAUACUGGGGUGAAGCCAUACGCUUGCUCCAUGUGUGACAUGAGAUUUUUCCAACGCUACCACUUGGCAAGACACAGCCUCACGCACACGGGUACAAGGGUGAAGCCAUAUGCUUGCUCCAUGUGUGACAUGAGAUUUUUCCAGAGAUACCACCUGGCAAGACACACUCUCACUCAUACGGGGGUGAAGCCAUACGCUUGCUCCAUGUGUGACAUGAGGUUCUUCCAGCGUUACCAUUUGGCAAGACACAGCCUCACUCAUACGGGGGUGAAGCCGUAUGCUUGUACCAUGUGUGACAUGAGGUUCAUACAACGUUACCAGCUGGAGAGACACAGUCUUACGCAUACGGGGGUGAAGCCGUACGCUUGCACCAUGUGUGACAAGAGGUUUUUUCAGCGCUACCACCUGGCGAGACACAGCCUCACUCAUAUGGGUGUGAAACCUUAUGCUUGCACCAUGUGUGACAUGAAGUUUUUUCAGCGUUACCACCUGGCGAGACACAGCCUCACUCAUACGGGUGUGAAACCUUAUGCUUGCACCAUGUGUGACAAGAGGUUUUUUCAGCGCUACCACCUGGCAAGACACAGCCUCACUCAUAUGGGUGUGAAACCUUUUGCUUGCACCAUGUGUGACAUGAGGUUUGUUCAGCGUUACCACCUGGCGAGACACAGCCUCACUCAUACGGGUGUGAAACCUUAUGCUUGCACCAUGUGUGACAAGAGGUUUUUUCAGCGCUACCACCUGGCAAGACACAGCCUCACUCAUAUGGGUGUGAAACCUUUUGCUUGCACCAUGUGUGACAUGAGGUUUGUUCAGCGUUACCACCUGGCGAGACACAGCCUCACUCAUACGGGGGUGAAGCCGUAUGCUUGUUCCAUGUGUGACAUGAGGUUUAUUCAGCGUAACCACCUGGAGAGACACAGCCUCACUCAUACGGGAGAGAAGCCAUUUGCUUGUGACAUGUGUGAUAUGAGGUUUAUCCAGCGCUACCACCUUGAGAGACACAAGCGUGUCCACAGUGGAGAGAAGCCUUACCAGUGUGAACGCUGCCAGCAGAACUUUUCAAGGACAGACCGGCUGUUGCGACAUCGACGGUUGUGCCAGGGUCGCAGCGUAGCCAAAGUAGAGAACCAGCCAUGCUGCGAACCACGCCCAUACCCCCAAGAACCUCCGCCCGCGCCCCCAACCUGGAGUCCCCUCCACCCUCCUCCAGGCCGGCUGGCGGUCUGACAUUCCAUCUUCCCUUCAUCCACAACACCGCCAGAGUCGGGACAAGCCACAGGGUUUCUUCUUCUUCUCAGCUCUGUGCCGAGUGAAGCCACAACUAGCACAGGCUGAUCAAGCAGCUCCGCUCUAGGGAUUACUAAUGACAGAGGGACAUUUGUGUUGUUGUUUUGUUCACUUUUUACUGUGUUUCCUUUUCUCCCCUGCUUUUUUUUUUAAGAUGAGACUUUUCUGUGAUGAACAGUGGUCCUGUUUUGUACUUAAUCUAUUUGAUUUUUGCAGAAACAAAAAAGGUUUUUAUUGUUGUUCAAAUAUAUCUCCAUUUGGUGGUACUCAGCAGGGCAUUGGGUUUUGUUUAUCCUGAUGCAUUGGCAAAAAAAUGGGAUUAAGUGGUGAGAAAAUGUAUUUGAGCUUGUUUCUAAUGUUUCCUUAUGUGGCCCAUUCCAGCUCCAAAAUGAUUGUCACUUCAGUAAAAAAACUGGAACUUUGUCAAUGUAGAGCAAAGAAACAACUCUAUUGAGCUCAUGUUUAGACCAGAUACUGCUUCAUUUGGAAGCUAACUCAGUGUUAACCUUUAAGACAGAUUACUGUAAGCAGUAUCUGGUCUUUAUAUGAUUUCAAAAAACAAGAUUUGUAUGACUUUCUCUACACAGGACAGAUAGCCAAUGGUUAUUUCAUGUAAAUAAUGGAAAAUGUCUAUAAUUUUUGAUGAGCAGGAUUUUUUUUAUAUACGGGCAAAAAGACAGAGAAAAUUAGAAAUGGUUUCACAUACGGUUUCUUAUCACUGUUAAAGGAACAUCCAGAGGACACCUGAGUAACUUUGUCUUUGUGAAUAAAAGAAGAAAUUACCUGUAAACAAGGAUUUCCAUGAAGUGGAUGAUGAGAGGGACAAAAAGAGUUAAACCACAGGAGUACCACCUAUGUGUCUCACCUUCUGUGUCAUGUGUGAGGACUCAGGAAAUGGUACAGGAUGGCAACCUUACCAGGUCGUCCUACAACACCUACUGAGAGCUGUGUUGAUGACGCUCAGCUGUGUGUAUAGUUUACACAGCACAAUCUACGCAGAUCAGGACUCUGUCCGUGCAUCCUGGUCUGCAACUGGUCCAGGUUGGCCACCUGAAGUCCCAUCAUGGUUGUACAGACUCUCUCAUCCUGAGUGAGAUAAGUGGGGGUAUACAAAAUCUUGUGGCCUUAGUGUGUUUCUUUUUGUUUUUCAUUUGCCUUUCUCUCAGCUGUUUAUUAUUGUGGAUCAGAUGUAUUUACUAAGACGAGACAGCAUUUCAUCAUGUUUUUUUUUUUUUUUUUUUACAAUAGUCAAAAGCUGUCCUGGUUACAGAAUGUUGAUAGCUUCAGUGGCGUUAACACAAGACUGGUGUCCUCCUGUGAGGGAGGUUGUGUUUUGAUGAAUAUGAAUAUUCUGGGUCAGUGUUACUGAUUACAGUGUAACACAGUUAUUGAGUCCCGAAGUGAGCUCCUGGAGUCUGAGGGUCCUUGUGAGAAGUCAGUCAUGCUAAAUUGUUUCCCUCUGCAGUGCUUUGGCUGAACACAGCCUGAGCAGAAUCAGUACUUGCUUGACUCUACUACACACUAACAAUUGCCUUUUUAUCCAAAUAUAAUGUGGUUGGUGUGUAAUAAUGGAUGUCAUGUCUCUUUCAUGUCAUUGGGUUUAGCCUUAAGUAAGUGCGGAUACACAAAUAAUCAUUGUAGUACUAAAUGAUAUUGUAACAACAAAUUCUUGUACUUCUGAUGAACUUUGGUUGUACUGUGUGAAAGUCUGUUGAUGGUCAGAGCCGGUUGAUCAGGGCCACUAUGCUGCCCAUCAGAACAUUUCUCAAACUCGAUUCUUUCUGUGACUGGUGAGAUGUUGACGCUCUGUCGGAGCUGGUUGGGAGGAUUAGUCUGCUAGACUGAACAUACAUUUACAUAUCAAGAUGUUACAGCUGUUCCUCUGAAAAGUCAAAGAUGGCUGAAAUGUUUUUUUUUUCACAGAGGUCUAGAUAAACGUCAGACAUGAUGUGUAGAUUGAAUCCCAGACUGAAUCAUAUAGUGUCAUUUUUAGGACAGGCGUUUUUUUUGCGUUUGAUGCAAAAAAAAAAAAAGCAGCUUUUUACUGAGAUACAAGACUUUUUUUUUACUUUUAAAGAUUGCUUUAAAUAUCUGUUGAUAUCAAGUCAAAGUUGUGUUACAGUUUAAGUGUGUACAGAGAUGGGAUUGUGUUUUUUUUCUAGCAUGUUAAGAUCAAGACAAACCAGUUGUACAAUAAGGAGUCAAGAUUGAGAAAUGUGUAAAUCUGCUCUGGGAACAUUUUUCCUUAUCUGUGGAAGGGAUGCUGCGAGCACGAGUACAUAUUGAAAAGGCUAAAGGGCAAUACAGUAUAUAGAUAAUGUUACUUGUUAAUACAUUUUGUCAUUUAUUGUUUUUUAGUACUAUCAAUCUCAUUGUGUAAAAUGCAAUAGAAUCCUUGAGUCUCAGACCAUGUUUAUAAAACUGAGGUUACUUUUUUUUUUUUUCCUGACCGAUCCAAGGAUUACAUUGUCUGAGAAUUUUCUCAUCACAUUUUGAUGAUUGUUUCAAGGACCUUUUUUAUUCUUAUGAAAUUGUAAACACUGGAGUGAAAGGAAAAAAAGACAAAAAAGACAGAUAUGGAUAUUUUCUUCCUUCAGACUGUACUAGAUUUUAGGUUUUAGACAAAGCCUAUUCUUCCUCAACUUGACGCAGCAGACGAACAGAACAAUUUGGAUCAGUACAGUUGAGAGCCCACUAUGUUUGCUAAUUCUGACAUUAGAGGCAGUAGUACCACAAGGAAAUGUUUUGUUUCUUAUGACGAGGUCCCUGGUAUUUGUAGUAAAUUAUAUUGAUAAUGGUAUUAGAUGAACAACAGCAUAACAGUAGCUAUCACAGAUUAGUUGUUUUCUUUAUUAGUCUUGCAUGCAGAGUUAUGGUCCUCAGUUAAGAUAGGAUCUUGAUAUUGAUUAUUUUGUGUAGGAAAAAGAGUGCAUAAGAAUAACUUCCUAAAAAAUGUUACAAUGAUUAUUGUAAAAUGGGCUAACUAAUAUGUACCCUUGUGAUCCAAUUAGUUUCAAGUAUAUGAAAAUCAGAGGAGAGGCUUCUUACUAUUAUGCUGAAAUAAAAAAAAAUUGUAAAGGA